AAGCAAGCACGUUUGUCAAAUGCAUCGGAUGGCCGAAUAUUUGUCAUUACCUACGCAAUGCCCAAUCGUGAUCGGAGCGGAUGUACACUCAGCUAUGCUUGCCGCGGAAGUUCCGCCAGUAUAUAAAAGCUCCUGGAUCAAUAUGGAUUUGAUAUCAAUUACUUGAAAAGAGAGACUCUCAACUCCUGGUACUCAGACCAUACGAUGACGACCUCCAUUCCUAACGCCAAAUCCAAGCCUCUUCGUAUCGGAGUUCUGUACGAGGAAGUUCAGCUAACCGACCUCGCGGGUCUGGACAUACUUGGAAAUAUGUCUUCUCGAAUAGUUAACAUGGUUACCAACCUCAUUCCUGCCAUGGAGAAGCUCAAGCCCUAUGCCCGAGACAUGGAGUUUCUCUACAUAUCCUCCUCACUAGAGCCAGCCUGGGCGACACCGGACAUGUUCAUUCGACCCACACACACAUACGAAAGCGCCCCGCGCGACUUGGACAUCAUUCUCAUCGGGGGGCCAGAUCCCCAGAAGGUCCCCGAAGCCAGUCUGACGUUUCUGAGGGAGGCGAGCAAGCAGACGAAGGCGAUAUUAACGACGUGUACGGGCGGCAUGUGGCUUGCAAAGAGCGGGGUCUUGGACGGCAAGAAGGCAACUACAAACAGGAUAUUGCUAGAACCGGCGAGACAUGUUUUCCCCAACGUGGAGUGGCAGGACGAGCGGUGGGUAACUGUGGAUGGUCACUUUGAGGGCGCGCAGCUGUGGACAGCUGGGGGUGCCAAGUGCGGAAUCGACAUGGUGAUUGAGUAUGCCUUGCAGAACUUCCAUGAACAGCUGGUGGCGUCAUCGUGUGGAAGCCUGGAGUUUGAGAUUGAAGGACGGAGCAAGAGUUACAAGGGCCCUUUCGUUCCUGUCGUGUAGAGGGUUUCUUAGUGAUAGAGAGGGUGUUUGUCAAUCAUCUAGGACUGAGGCUUUCGAGCUGUUGGCAGGAAAGAAAAUCGGCCGCAGCCCUCUAAAUGCUCUGCAGUUCACUGUGGCAAGAAAACAAC